UGACAUCACAGCGACUGACCAACAACACAGCCCCUUCUCAUGAUCUCAUAUCAUAUGAGCCGAGCGACCCGUCCAUUCCGACGUGCAUGUCUCGUUCAGUUGCUGUUUUACUCAUGCAGGCAUGAUGGAGUCACGAGUUUUGAGCCGCUAUUCACUUGAAGACCCCGUCGCAGGCUGACGGUCCAUCACCUUAAGUCGACCUUUAUUUUCCCUAGUCAGGCAUGUCUGCCGCCGCCUCUGAAGCAAGCAACCUGUUGGACAGUUCCUUUACAGAAGACUAUGCUGUUGUCGCCGGCGCAGCGCUCAUAUUGUUCGACCAUGCCAUCACAUUCGGCCAGGAGGUCGAGCUGUUCUGGGGCGAGAGAUCGUUCUCUGCGUGGCUGUUCUUUGCCAAUCGGAUGCUUGCAUUGAGUUAUGCGAUCAUUUCCGUUUGGUCGCUCAUUAACUUUGACACAGUAACGUUGUAUGGCAAACUUUGUGACGAGCAAUCUGCUUCCCAUACUGAUUGGAAUAAUCUCACAAGUGGUUACAAUAUUGCGAGUAAAUGCCGUAUUGCGAGUAAACGCCGUAACGGGUGGCAGCCGAUGGCCCGUUAUGCUCCUCACACUGCCUGCGGUCUUCAAUGUGGUCGCAAACAUCUACAUCGCCUUCAUCCAAUCGUCAUAUUCUGUGGUUUGGGUUGAUAGGACAGCUAUAUGCAUCCAGUCCAGCAGUUCCAGUUCAGUACAAGAUACUGAUUCAAAGUACUGGAAAUAGUCAAUGGCGUCUGUGUUGCAAUUAUCGCCAUCAUGACG